AAAGAUCAGACCUGCUAGUUUACCGACGACUAUAGCCACUGUAUAGCAAUAUAGUCAUGUCGCAGAUGCAGCCGCCGUAAAUGUCAGGCCAACUUUCUUCCCCUCCAACCCCGGGAUGACGGAUCGGGAUCAAAAUGGAGCAUGGACAUAGAAAACUCUAUCGGACAGAUCGGAGAUGAUCGAGACUGCCAUUUGAUAAGCCAUACUAAGAGAACAAGCAAGAGCAAUGGAGACGCUGUUAAGUCCUAUGGUGGACAAAGUAUACAAGGCCAUUUUGAACGAAGCUCAUGUGAUAGCAAAUUUUGGAGACGAGUUUGAGCAACUGAAGAAAGGGUUAGAAACUACAAAUGACCUCCUUGCCAACUCGAUGAAUCUUCAGAGCAAGUAUGACAUGGUCAAGGGUGCCUUGAGCCAACUAAGAGAAGUAGUUGAUGAAGCUGACGAUGUAUUGACAGAUUGCCUUAUUCGAGAGAUAUACAAGGAAAACAAGUUCUUCAUACGUCGCUGUUUUCAUGAUAUGGGAUUCUCAAGUCGAGUGGGGAAGCAGUUGGCAGAUAUCAAUUCGAAAAUGGACAAAGCAAGUGGAGUUUUGGGAAAACAUUUGCAAAUGGCAAACUCUAUAGCGCCUGAUAGAACUCAUGGUGGUGAAAGCGAUGCAGACCAGAGUGGAAGUGAUCGGGAAUUCAUGUCAAGUAACUAUCUCCCGUCUAAGACCUAUGGAUUGGAGAAGCACAUUGCAGUUUUGAAAGAGCGGAUGUUUGGCAGCACCAACGGGAAACUCAACUCUAUGGCCAUUGUUGGGAUGGGGGGGUUAGGCAAAACCACCAUUGCCAAGAAGUUCUUUACUGAUACACAAGUUAUAUCUCACUUUAACAAGAUGAUCUGGGUGACUGUCUCGCAGAACUUCAGUAAGCAGCGGAUUGUGAAGUGCAUGCUGGAGAAGGCAAAUCUGCGGCUACCGGAUGUUUCCAACUCUGACAACUUGUUCACCACCCUUAGACAAGGACUUGAAGGUCAAGCCUAUCUCAUUGUCAUGGAUGAUGUGUGGUCUAAUCCCAACUUGGUCGAAUUUUGGACGGCCCUCUAUGACUCACUACCUACAAAGGGUGAUAAAAGCACCUGCAUCAUAAUCACUACUAGGUCUAUUGAAGUCGCAAGAGCUAUGGUGCACCAAGACUCGAAAAUACUUGAGCCCCCUAAACUGAAUUUAGAGGAUAGCUGGUCAUUAUUCAGCAUAUGUGCGUUUCCAUUAACCGAUGGAAAAUGCCCGAAUGAGCUGUUUGAGAAGGAGGGACGGGCUAUAGUGGAGAAAUGUGGCGGGCUUCCCCUGGCAAUCAAGACAGUAGGAAGCUGUAUGGCCAAGGAGGGGGAUCGUCUUUCUGAGUGGACCAAGACAAAAGAAAAAUUCCACUCCUUGAUUACCGAGGGAAAAACAGAUGCAGUUAUGGUUUGUCUACAGUUGAGCUAUGAUGAACUUCCAACCGAUAUGAAGCAAUGCAUGUUGUGUCUUUCUGUUUAUCCUGAAGACUUUGAGAUACAAGCUGAUCAGCUCAUUCACUGGUGGUUCGGAGAGGGACUCAUCCGGGGCAAGGAAAGCAACUCCAAUACAGAAUUGGGAUAUGAAAAUCUGGCAAGACUAGCAAACAGAUGCCUGUUAGAAGUCGUGGAGCGCCGAGGUUAUGAUGGAAGGAUAUUAAAGUUCAAAAUACAUGAUAUGGUACGGGAGUUGAUAACCAGGAUUGCAGAAAAGGAGAAAUUUUGCAACUUCAGCCCACAAUGUAUGCAGGUAAAGAUUGAAGAUUCUCGGUGGUUAUGUCUUACUGAAGACAUGACAGCUGAGCUUAAGAAGCAAUGGAAAAGAAAUUCCAAACUGAGGGUGCUUUUAUUUAUGUCAAGCCCUUCAUUGAUUGACUUCAGCAUGAAAUUUGUGUUUCUGGAGUCACUCAGGGUAUUGGACUUGUCUAACUCGAAGUUAAGUGUGAUGAGUGUUGAAGAUAGCAACACAGCCUCUUCAGGGAUUUGUGUGGAGAAACUCUUGGGCAUGAUCACUUCUCUGAAACGCCUAGCAUGUCUAAACCUCAGUGGAGUUCAGGAACUACUGGAAGUGCCAUCUUCAAUCAAGAAACUCCUUAACCUUCAGGUUUUGGUAUUGAACGGAUGCACAAAAUUAGGCAAAAUCCCCGCCAAAAUCACAUAUUUGAAGAGGCUUGUUGUCUUGGACAUUGGAUCAUGUCCAAUCAAGCACCUGCCUCAGAACCUAGGGAGCCUCUCUUGUCUUGAAGAACUCUCUGGAUUCAGGGUGGUAAGUCGGGCUAAAACACAGGGUUGCACCCUUCUUGAGCUCGGAAAACUGGUGCAGCUAAGAGUUCUUCGAAUUGCAAUAUGUGAUGUGGAUGAUAUCUCCGAAGAAGAAAAGAAGAGCUUAUCAAGUCUCAAGAACCUCAAGGUUCUAGCUAUUGAUGCUGCAGAAGCACGCAGUCGAGAGAGGCUUGAUAUGAUAGAUGAGCUGGACUUGCCUCGAGCGAUAGAGGAGCUGUAUCUCAGGAAUUACCACGCCACAAAAAUGCCAAACUGGUUCAGACAGUCAAGGCUUCCUAAGUUGCAUUACCUUUCUAUCGAGGAUUGCGAAGUUGAAAGCCUAACGGACAAGCACAACCGCAGUUGGAAAAUUGAAGGUUUGUAUUUGAAGUUGCUACAUAUGUUAGACGUAGACUGGGAUGACUUGCAGAAGGCUUUGCCAGUAUUGCGCUACAUGGAGAUUAGCAAAUGUCCUAAGUUGAAAAAUUUUCCCAUCGAUGAUGUCUUCAAGGGAGGGGUUUGGAGAAAGUGAUGGAUCAUUAUCAGGCAGGAAAAAUCACUAUGGAAUUAAGCUUUGGUCGUUGGUGAAUGGUGAGUUCAUGAGCAUAUUGCACCUCUAUUCCUAGCCUUGAAAUUUGUUUUAUAGGGAAAAUAUAUUUAUAGGAUUUUGUGUGCAAUAUUGGUGUUUAAUUUGCUCGUCAUGUACUUAAUUAUUUGCGAUGUAUUGGUUGUAAUUGAUGUAUGCACCUUCUGGCCGUAAAUGGUUGAUGAAGUCAAUUCUCUAUCUUUCAAC